AUGAGCCCGCUAGGGGACCCAGCCCAGCCAGACCCUGAGGGCUGCAGAAGCACCAUGAAUGCCGAGGAGGAUGCUAAGUGGCUUCAGUGGGUGACAUACCAGUUUGAGAUGGCAGGAAAAGACUGAAAGAUCAGCCUGCAAGAAUUCAAAACAGCCCUGAACAUGAAAGAGUCCUUCUUUGCUGAGCGAUUCUGCACGCUGUUUGACUCCGACGGAAGCGGCACCAUCACCCUCCAGAAGCUGCAGGAGGCGCUGGCUCUGCUCAUUCACGGCAGAACUACGGACAAACUCAAAUUCCUCUUCCAGGUGUAUGUUCCAUCCCCACCCCGCGCUGGCAGCGGCUCCAUUGACCCGGACGAGUUCCGCCCGGUGCUGCAGUCUUGCCUGCGCGAGAGCGCCAUCUCGCUGCCCGACGAGAAGCUGGACCAGCUGACGCUGGCGCUCUUUGAGUCGGCGGGCGAGGACGGCAGCGGUGCCAUCACCUUCGACGAGCUCCGCGACGAGCUGCAGCACUUCCCUGGCGUCAUGGAGAACCUGACCAUCAGCGCCGCCCACUGGCUGACGCCCCCCUCCGCCCUGCCGCGCCCGCGCCGGCCGCGCCCCCUGACCCUCGCCUACUGGCACAACCACCGCAGCCAGCUCUGCCUGGCCGCCUACUGGGUCCUCUGCGUGCUGCUCUUCGCCGUGGCCGCGAGCGCGCCCCGGACGCUCGGCCCCAGCAUCAUGGUGGCCAGAGGCUGCGGCCAGUGCCUGAACUUCAACUGCAGCUUCAUUGCGGUGCUGAUGCUCAGGCGCUGCCUCACCUGGCUGCGGUCCACGAGGCUGGCUCAGGUCUUGCCGCUGGACCAGACCAUCCAGUUCCAUCAGGUCAUGGGCUACGUGGUGGUUGGGCUCUCCCUUGUGCACACUGUAGCCCAUGUUGUAAAUUUUGUGCUCCAGGCUCAGUCCCAGGCCAGCCCCUUGCAGUCCGGGGAGCUGCUACACAUCGCGAGACCUGGCGUUGGCUGGGCCCAUGUCCCAGCCGUCCUGACGUGGACCGGGGUGGCUCUGCCGCUGCUACUCCUCAUGUUCGCCUGCUCCAGCUCCUGCGUCCACAGAAGCGGGCACUUCGCGGUGUUCUAUUGGACCCACCUGUCCUACCUCCCCAUAUGGGGGCUGCUUAUCAUGCACGGGCUCAGCUUCUGAAAGUGGCUGCUGGUCCCCGGCAUCUUGUUCUUCCUGGAAAAAGUCAUCGGACUGGUGGCAUCCCGCAUGGCAGCCCUGUGCAUAGUGGAAGUUAACCUCCUCGCCUCCAAGGUCACGCACCUCCUCAUCAAGCGGCCCCCUCUGUUCCACUAUAGGCCGGGUGACUACUUGUAUCUGAACAUCUCCUCCGUCGCAUGCUAUGAGUGGCACCCCUUCACCAUUAGCAGAGCUCCCGAGCAGAAAGACACCGUCUGGCUACACAUCCGGACCCAAGGCCAAUGGACAAACAGGCUGUAUGAGUCCUUCAAGGCGUCAGACCCCGUGGACUCUGGUUCCAAGAGGCUGUCGAGGAGUUUGAAGAUGAGGAAAACCCAGAGGGGCAGUUACGUCUUGGAGAUGUCUUCUGAGAACCACCAGUUCUGUAACGAUGAGUGCUACGUAGACGGGCCAUAUGGAACCUCCCCCCGUAGGAUCUUGCUCAUCGGGGUGGGCAGCAGCAUCACCCCCUUUGCCUCCAUCCUGCAGAGUGUCAUGUACAGGCACCAGAAGAGAAAGCACAUUUGCCCCAACUGCCAGCACUCCUGGAUCAGAGGCGUCCAGGAUGAUGAGCUGAAACUCCACAAGGUGGACUUCAUCUGGAAUAACUGAGAGCAGCAGGCAUUCGAGUGGUUUGUGAGCCUGCUGACCAGCCUGGAAAUGGACCAGACCGAGGAGAAUGAAGGUGGCCGCUUCCUGGAGCUGCACACGUACAUGACCUCAGCGCUGGGCAAGAAUGACAUGAAGGCCAUUGGCCUGCAGAUGGCCCUUGACCUCCUGGCCAAGAAGGAGAAGAAGGACUCCGUCACGGGGCUGCAGACGUGGACCCAGGCUGGACGGCCUGACUGGAGCAAGGUGUUCCAGAAAGUGGCCUCUGAGAAGAAGGGCAAGGUACAGGUCUUCUUCUGUGGUUCCCCAGCUCUGGCCAAGGUACUCAAAUGCCAUUGUGAGCAGUUCAACUUCAAAUUCUUUCAGGAGAACUUUUAG